AAAGGUUUCCCGUUUCCUUCCUCCCCUCAUCGCCCCUGGUUUUACCUUGUCCCUCCCCCCCUCGCUGUAUUCUGCCUUCCUCCACUACUUCCAUGCAUGGAAAUAUCAAUCCAGUAUCUCCUAGUCCUAGUCCUCCCCCCGAUUUAUACCCACCCCCGCCGUCCCACAUCGCCACCACGCUGCCAGCCCCGCCGGAGCCAACCAGCUCCCUGGUCUCGCCCCUUCCGGCCCCGGCACGACUGCCGUACGUCUUGCUGCCGCCCUUUCACCGACCAAAGCGAACCAAGAUCCCGUUUUGGCACGCUUUCCGGGACCGGCGCUAGCGGGUCGUAAAUCCCGAGCGGUCUCGCCUUGUCAUGCCGGUGCAGGGCGGAGUAGGGAAGGUGGCGGAGCCCAGAGGGAGGGUGGAGCUGUCGUCCACCGCCGUCGCCGAGAAGGCCCGCGCCUCGUCCAAAAAGAACCGCCGCCGGCAGAAGAAGGCGUCGGCUGCAGCCGCCGCGGCAGCUGCAGCAGCAGCAGCGGUGGCAGCGCCUUCUUUCUCGACCGCGUCCGAGCCGGUGGCCGCGAUGCAGAGGCUGUUCGACACCAGCAGGGAAGUCUUCGCGGAGUCGUCGCCGGGCUUCGUGCCGCCGCCGGACUCCGUGGCGCGCCUCUCGGGCCUCCUCAAUGAUUUAAAGCCACAUGAUGUUGGGAUAAACUCUAGUAUGCAGUAUUUCGAGCACGUCGAUUCUAAAGGGCCGCCUCGAGUUACUUAUUUGCAUUUCUAUGGUUGCUCCAAGUUUUCGUUUGGUAUCUUCUGUUUGCCGAAAUCAGCUGUCAUUCCCCUCCACAAUCAUCCUGGGAUGACAGUCUUUAGCAAGAUAUUAUUUGGUUCCAUGCACCUGAAGUCAUAUGACUGGGCGAAAAGUCCCCCGGAUAGUAGUAAUAACAACACACUUGAGGCCUCAGAUGGAGCUCGUUUAGCCAAGGUAAAUACAGAUGCUGUUUUCGACGCUUCAGCUGAGACCGUAGUUCUAUACCCAGAAAAUGGAGGGAAUUUGCACUGUUUUACUGCUUUGACUCCUUGUGCUGUGCUUGAUGUGAUGGGGCCACCAUACAACCGUGCUGAUGGAAGGGAUUGCGCUUAUUACGAUGAGUCGCCGUACUCGAGUUCAUGUGGAGAUAAACAAUAUUCUUGGCUCAAAGAGAUUCGUAGCACAUUCGAAAUGGAACCUAUACCGAUGGUGCGGAAGUUUAUUGUCUAGAUAUCUUUAACUGUCGAAGACAGACAGAUGGUACAAGGGGAAGACUGGGCCAGGAAACUCGACAAGUGACACACUUCACAGUUCUUUCGCUUAUUUCGAUCUGGGUUGAAACAGUCUCUUGUGAUUUCGGAUGACUCUGCUUCUCUUAUGUUAUCAAAUCGCGCGCGAUUCAAUUCGGGCGUACACUGCCCACAGGACUUUUCUAGGACAUGAUCAUUUUUUGUUUCCCAGUACAACUAACUGUACGCGGGUGUUUUUGAAAGUGGUCGUACACCAAAAUACCAAAUUCAGUGGGUCAUUUGCUUGGUCUGUUGAGCAGGGAGGUCAGUCCUUUUUGCCUGCUUGUUUGGGGCAUCUCUUCUGUUCAUGUAUCAAGGGUUUACCUUUUUUUCCUU